CUCUAGCCCUACAUUGCGGUACGUUCUCGGGUGGCAUGCGGCACGCUGUCGAACAACCUUCGCUGGUCGAACUCUGCUGACCCUGCUGGUGUGUCUCGUUGAUGGUCUCGAAAUUAACGGGACCCUCAUGUGCUGCGUUGUUAACAGAAACUAGUUUUCGAUCGGCUGCAGUACAGGUAUUUACCGCCAAUUUGUAGCCGAGCAGCGCUCCUUUACUCUCAAGUACCGUCGAGUGCGCUUCGCAGCACGUGCAUGCGCUGCGCUGCAAUAGUGAUCAUCGGCCCUUUUUUGAACGUAUUUUUGCCCGUGGCAGCUUCUUCAAGAGUGCCGUGACAGGCCACUGUCGUUAAGCAUGGUAGUGUUCACGUGUAGCACGUGCGGUGAUUCGCUCAAGAAAAGCCAGGUGGAGAAGCACAUUUACACGAAAUGUCGCAGCUGCAAAAUGCUUACCUGCAUCGAUUGCAACAAGGACUUUUGGGGAGAUGCCUACAAGGAACACAUCAAAUGUGUUACUGAAGCAGAACGGUAUGGAGGGAAAAACUUCAAACCACAGCCAUUCAAAGGAGAAGCCAAGCAGCAACAAUGGAUUGAGCUCUUGUCAAAGAUUAUUGAAACACAAGAACUGAGUCCACCUGUGAAAGACGUCUUCAAAAGGAUGCAAAACUUCAACAAUGUACCCAGAAAAGAAAAGCCUCUCAAGAACUUCCUCCAUUCCAGCAUGGGAGUGCGAAACCAAACUCUAGCUCAAGAUGUCUGGCAGACGAUGAAAAAAGCCCAGGAGACUCUGCAGAAAACUCAGCCAGGAAACAAACACUUGCAAAAGCCACAUGUCACUGACGAGAAUGGUUCGAAGGGCGAAAAAUUGCACCAUUCAGAGGACAAAGCAAGGGGCCAGCAACAAGAAGAAGAAGAAACGCAGGAUACUUCAAAUGAGAAUAAUGCACCAGGAAAGAAGAAACAGGAAAAUGGCUCCGCUCAGGUAAAAGUUGAGAAGACCAAGAAGUCAAAAGAAGAGCUGCUCAAGAACAGCAUGAGUGAUGAAGUUAACUCAGAUAAGUCGAAAAAGAAAAAGCGAAAGAAGCGGCAACAGGAAAAUGUCAUUGAAGGUGGCUUGCAGGACGACAAGGAAGACAGGCAGGACACUUCAAGUAAGGAUAAUGCACUAGGCAACAAGAAACAGGAAAAUGGCUCCGCUCAGGUAAAAGUUGAGAAGACCAAGAAGUCAAAAGAAGAGCUGCUCAAAAACAGCAUGAGUGUUGAAGUUAGUUCAGAUAAGCCGAAAAAGAAAAGAAAGCGAAAGCAGCCACAACAGGAAAAUGUCAUUGAAGGUGGCUUGCAGGAUGACAAGGAAGACAGGCAGGACAUUUCAAGUAAGGAUAAUGCACUGGGCAACAAGAAACAGCAAAACGGCUCCGCUCAGGUAAAAGUUGAGAAGACCAAGAAGUCAAAAGAAGAGCUGCUCAAAAACAGCAUGAGUGUUGAAGUUAUUUCAGAUAAGCCGAAAAAGAAAAGAAAGCGAAAGCAGCCGCAACAGGAAAAUGUCAUUGAAGGUGGCUUGCAGGACAACAAAGAAAACAAGCAGGACGUUUCAAGUAAGGACAAUGCACUAGGCAAAAAGAAACAAGAAAAUGGCUUCGCUCAGGUAAGAGGUGAGAAGACCAAGAAGCCAAAGAAAGAGCCGCUGGACAAAACUGUGAGUGAUGAAGUUGCUUCAGAGAAUUCAAAAAAGAAAAAGCGAAAGAAUCGGAAUCAGGAAGAUGUCAUUGAAAGCGACUUGCAGGAUGAGGAGAAGCCGACAAAGAAAUUCAAGCGGCAGGACCAAGAGGACGACAAUCACACUGAAAAAGUUGAUAGUGUACACAUGCACUCAUCCUUUGCAGAAGCAGCGGAGAAGGUGAGGUUUAGGUGGAAGAAUGCAGUCAAGAGAGCACUACUGAAUGCUGAUAAGCACCAACUGUCUCGGAAGCAGUUGCAAAAAAGAGUGUUCGAGGAAUGUCAAAGCAAAGGCGGGAAUCUUACAGAUGAAAAAAUGCAGACAAAGCUUGACAAAGUGCUCUCCAACAUAAGGUACUUUGAACAUGAAGGUGAUCUGGUUCGCUGGGUGCAUUCAGCAGCUAAAUAAAUCUGUCAAUUGUCUUCUAAA